AUGCAUCUUCUAUAGGAAUUUUCUUAUUAUCGUUAUAUAAAUCAAUUACUCAAAUAUUUAAGACAUGAUUCUUAAAAUAGGUGAUUUUCCUAAGGACAUAAUAAGCUGCCUCUUUAACUUCAUAAUGAUCUGGAAUAUCCAGGAUCAUUAAAAUUGAAAGUGUCUCCUGUAUAUGAUGUCAUCUACACAAAGUGGCCACCAUUAUUGACAUUCAAAAUAACAUGUAAUCCAGCAUCAAAUUUAUCUAAAAAAUAAUUAUAAUUCUAACAUUUUGAUUGUAUCAACUCAGUUUGUUUCUCUCCUGAUGGAAAUAUAUUAGCUUCUGGUAGUUAUGAUAACUCUAUCCGUCUCUGGGAUGUCAAAACAGGAUAAUAAAAAGCCAAAUUAGAUGGUCAUAGUGGAAUAGUCUACUCAGUCUGUUUCUCUCCUGAUGGAAAUACAUUAGCUUCUGGUAGUUAUGAUAAGUCUAUCCGUCUAUGGGAUGUCAAAACAGGAUAAUAAAAAGCCAAAUUAGAUGGUCAUACUAGUACUGUCUACUCAGUCUGUUUCUCUCCUGAUGGAAAUACAUUAGCUUCUGGUAGUAAUGAUAAGUCUAUCCGUCUAUGGGAUGUCAAAACAGGAUAAUAAAAAGCCAAAUUAGAUGGUCAUACUAGUACUGUCUACUCAGUCUGUUUCUCUCCUGAUGGAAAUACAUUAGCUUCUGGUAGUAAUGAUAAGUCUAUCCGUCUAUGGGAUGUCAAAACAGGAUAAUAAAAAGCCAAAUUAGAUGGUCAUACUAGUACUGUCUACUCAGUCUGUUUCUCUCCUGAUGGAAAUACAUUAGCUUCUGGUAGUAAUGAUAAGUCUAUCCGUCUAUGGGAUGUCAAAACAGGAUAAUAAAAAGCCAAAUUAGAUGGUCAUACUAGUACUGUCUACUCAGUCUGUUUCUCUCCUGAUGGAAAUACAUUAGCUUCUGGUAGUAAUGAUAAGUCUAUCCGUCUAUGGGAUGUCAAAACAGGAUAAUAAAAAGCCAAAUUAGAUGGUCAUACUAGUACUGUCUACUCAGUCUGUUUCUCUCCUGAUGGAAAUACAUUAGCUUCUGGUAGUAGAGAUUAUACUAUCCGUCUAUGGGAUGUCAAAACAGGAUAAUAAAAAGCCAAAUUAGAUGGUCAUGAUUGGCAAGUUAAUUCAGUCUAAACCACCUGUAACGUUAUAUCCUGUAUUUUUAAUAUUUUUAUAAACCUUAAUUCUUAAAUUUAUAUAAUUAUCAAAUUGUUUAUUAGUGAGUUUAAAUUUUAAUAAUAUAAGUAAAUAUUCACAAGCAUUUAUGUGUGGCCAAUGAUUAAUAUCACAACUUUUGUACUUUUUAUAUAUUUAUUUAGUUCUUCAAAUUUAUUAUCCAAUUCAUUUUAGGGGGUUAAUUUAAUUUUUAUAGAGAAGAUAAAAAUUUUGUUUUUUUAAAAGGUUUAAUAUUGUGUGUAUGGUUUACUUUUACUCAUCUAUUCCUUCAAUUUUUACAAUUGAUUUGCUUUUUAUUUAUUAUAAAUUAUCGAUAAUUUAUGAAUUUAAUUGUUAAAUUUAAUCAGUUGAUGAGUAAGGGAUAUUAUUUUUCGUUUAGAUAUUAAUUAAUUUCGUGA